AUGUCUGAACGCCCUUCACGCAAACAAAUCCACUCUACCAUACUACUUCAAUGCGUUGCGUUGCAUCCUCACGACGAUCGACUGUCUGCAUCGAGAUGGCUUUCAACUUUACUUAAAGCUGCUGCGAAGGUCUUCCCAGAGAUUUCAAGUACAGUGGCAUGUGCUGCAGACUGCUUGAUCAAUAUUAUUUCUGACUGCGAGGCUCUCUUAGAAUCAGUCGAUGAAAUGAAGGCUGAUAACUUUGAAUUUGCGCGCGGCGUCGCAGACAUUCGUCGAAAUCGUGCAUAUGUCUCUGUCCCGACGGCCAUCUCAAUAGAACUUGACGGUUCUGAGUUUGUCACUAUCAUUGCAGCCUCAUGUCCCCAAAUUUGGCUUUGUCCAUGUCUAAUCACGACUUUUCAACACUCCGCCAUAGACAGCUUCCUGCGGCCAUCGAGUUGCAGCACACCAUGCCCGCCCAACGAACGUGCAGCAGAGAAUUUCAAUCGAACACAACUGAUCCUCACAAGUACGGUUCAUGGCACAAUGCGUGUGAUGAACAAUCGUGUUGGCUCCUGCACCAAGGUGCUCUAUCAGCGACCUCCUACAGGUCGAGCCUCGAAGGAGCGAUGCAAUGUACCGAAGAUGUCACUAUUUGUUGAUCCCAAAGGUUCGAACGCAGGGCUUUUGGAGAUACCAAAGAUGACAAUUCUAUCAAGACGAUGGGGAUAUUCGGAAGAUGACCGCCGGUAUGCCUCACGUUUGAGGUGGGAGAACGGCCGCACCCGUGUUAGUUUCUAG